AUGGUAUUUGGACUUGGCAGCUCAGUGUAUCCUGUUGAUUCAGGAUUUGGACAUAGUCGAAGGACCCAGUCUGAGUGUCCUCCCCUUGGCACUGAUCUGUUGCUCGAUGACUGUCUGUAUGCUGACAUCUUCUUCAAAAUACACAAACCCAUACCCUUUGCAGAGCCCAGGCUCCACCUACAUGACCAAACAGUCAAGCCCCCAUCAGAGAGUGGAGGAUACCGGCGUCUGCGCACCUUCUCAGGUACUGUGCCUACCCUAGCGGGGGAAGAACCGUUCGACCAUUGGAUGGAGCAGGCUUACCUGAUGGUGGAGGAGAGUGACUGUGCACCCAAAGAGAAAUGGAGAAGGAUAAUGGAAAGCUUAAAGGGGCAGGCACUGGAAGUAGUCAAGGCUGUGCGCUUAUCCGACACCGACGUCACGCCAGAAAAAUGCUUGGAAGCUCUGGAAAGUGCAUUUGGACUGGCGGAAUCAGGAGAUAAUCUCUACUUCGCGUUCAGACUGCAGCGCCAACAACCUGGAGAGAAACUGUCCGACUUCUUGAGGAGAAUGGAGCGUUGUCUGUCCAAAGUUGUACAACAAGGUGGCCUCCCGGCCAGCAACAUGAUUCGAGCUCGUGUGGAGCAACUGCUUAAAGGAGCAGUAGAUGCUGACCUGAUGUUGAUCCAGCUGCGACUGAGAGAACGGAAGGAUAACCCACGCACGUUCCUUGAGCUAUUGCGGGAGAUCCGCACAGAAGAGGAAUAUGAAGCUUCCAGAGCUAAACUCACUCAGUCUACAGUGCGUACCGUCCACGCCCGACCACAAGCUGAAAACAAACUGUCAGAGAUCCAAAGCCUAAGAACAGAGAUCAAGGAAAUGAAAUCAAUGUUCGCUGCACUGGCUACCAAGCCACAGAAGGAAGGGAUUACUUGCUCCAUGGAGACAGUGACGAGCUUCCCCCUGUCCUCUGGGAACCACAGCCACAGCAAUGGCAGCUGUUCGCGGGACAACAUCCUGAAGACGGUGGUCUUUCCUGUAUUCUACUCCGUCCUUUUCCUGCUGGGGCUGUCAAUCAAUGGCCUGGCUGUGUUGGUGUUUUUUCGUAUCCCUUCGCGGUCUCAUUUCAUCAUAUACCUAAAGAACAUUGUGGUGGCCGAUGUCCUCAUGACCUUCACCUUCCCGUUUAAGGUGUUGUCGGACUCCAACUUGGCAUCCACUGAGCUACGUAUAUUUGUAUGCCGAGUUUCCUCAGUCCUCUUCUAUCUCACCAUGUACAUUAGUAUCCUGUUUUUUGGCCUCAUCAGCAUCGACCGGUGUAGAAAGACCCUCUGGCCCUUCAAGGGGACCAAUGCAAUCAGUUUGACCCGUCGGAAGCUCCUUUCUGGUGUCAUCUGGAGCUUUCUGCUGGCACUAUGUCUGCCCAAUGUGAUUUUGACGGGUAGGACUCCGACCUCACCAUACUUCAAAUGCAGUGACCUGAAGACAGAGGCUGGGCUACGUUGGCACGAAGUGGUGAAUCAUACCUGCCAGGUUCUCUUCUGGUGCAACCUUGUGACUGUGAUAGUGUGCUAUGUCCUCAUUACCAAAGAGUUGUACAGCUCCUAUGCUCGCACAAAAGCCCGUCACACGGCAGAGUCCACCCGUGGAGCUCCAGGUGGGGCUCCAGGUGUGGCGUCACGCCAGGCAAAGAGAAAAAGCAUGAAUGCAAACGUCUUCCUCGUUCUGGCGGUGUUCUUCAUCUGCUUUGUGCCCUUUCACUUUGCCCGUGUGCCCUACACCAUGAGCCAGACCCGCGGGCGUCUCUUUGACUGCCAGCUCAAGCUCUUCUUCUUCCAGCUGAAGGAGAGUACACUCUGGCUCUCGUCUUUAAAUUCCCUCCUGGAUCCCCUUAUCUACUUCUUCCUUUGUAAGUCGUUCAGAACCACCCUCUUCAAAACCCUUCAGCUGCCCCCCGGCACCUGCAGCCGGCUUACUGGAAGGGGGACAGAUCCGAGUACGAGCGGUGUGCCUCUGGGGGACUCCUCUGUUGGCAUGUAG